AUGCUCUUUCUCAACGCUUUGCCUGCCUUUGUCGCCCUUCAAGCCUUGCAGUUCAUACCCACAGCCUUAGCCGAGUUCCGCGUAACCUGUUCUCCUUUCAAGCGUGAGCGUAUUGAUCCUAUUGCAACGCCUGGCAAAGAAAAUGGCCAUAUGCACACGUUCUUCGGCAACCGGGGCAUUGGCCCGGAGAUGCCGAGUUACGAGCAACUUGUCAACGGGUGCGGAUCUUGCGGCAUUGCAGGCGAUAAGAGCGCGUACUGGGUCCCCACGCUGUACUAUGUAACGAAGAAUGCUACAGUCCCCGUGAAGGUGGCUAUCUUCCACAUCUACUACAAUGGCCAGAACCCGAACCGAGAAUCGUUUCCUGAGGACUACAACAUCAUCUCGCAUGAUCCCACUCUAUCUGAAGAAGAGGUUAAGGCGCAGGGCGGCAAUGGGAUGAAAUGGUACUUCGAGGACUCAGAUGAGCAAAAGGAAAAUUGGCAGCUUCCUAAACAGAAAGGCGGCGGCUGGCUCCGCGGCAACGUGCCGUUUCCGACGUCUGUCAUUAAAGACGAAUCCUUGGGUCGAUACCGCGCCUGCACAGCAAACGAUACUGGAUGCUUUAACGUGUUGCGCAUGUUCUUCGCUAUCUGGUACGAUCUGCGACACGAGUUCUUUGACUUCCAGGAUGGAGCGUACCUGACUCUGUCCUCGGGCGGCGGCCACACCUAUCAUGGUGACUUCAUCUAUGGGUGGGAGCGUUCUUUUGCCUCUAUGAUUGUGCAGGACGACACAGAUUACGUCAAUGCCAAUGGCAUCCUACCAGUUGGCGGUGAGAAGUCAACAAUCAAAAGCACAGAAUGUCAAAGACAGGAUGAGGAGGGUUUUACACUGGGGAAGCCAGACUGGGACGCAAUGCUUGAAGCAAAUGCAGGUAAUGGCACAGUUGAGCUUGGCCAUUACGGAAAAUCCCUUACCAUCACGAACGGGAAGAGCAUGAAUGCAACAUUCAGUGGGAAGUGGGGAGACGCUGGAAAGGUUGACGCUGAAGCCUUCUCUGAGGCACCAGCUGCGUCCAUGAAUGAAUCCAAGUCAGGAGACCAGCGCACUGCUUCGAUCUAUUCUUUGCCUUCGGUUGCCGCUUCUAGCGCCUCUACAAGCCACACAGCGUCUGUUGAGCUGCCUGCAGCCACCGCCAGCGCGAUCACGACGCGCAAAGCUUUGCCAAGUGCCUGCAGUAGGAACAAGAAGAUACACGGGCGCCGCCACUAA